GAACAAAUGCUAGUAUGUUCAGAGUACUUUGUCUGUAAACUACCUAAAAAACAUUGAAUAAAAAUGCAGAAAUAUUUAAUCUGGUUAUUAAUAUUUGUGCCAUUGGCUGCAACAAUUAAAAUAACAGACUUUAAGAAUUCAACUAAAUAUCACUUAUCGACUAUAGAAGCAACGUUUCCACAAGCUCUGUUUACCUGUAAAUUGUAUGGAUGGACUCUUGCUACAGAGAAAACAGCACAAGACACUGCAAAUUUAGAAUCAUUUUUAACACAAUCCGGACAAACUUCUGAGAGUAUAUGGUUAGGUGGUGUUUACCAGGUGAUCAAUGAAUUGGCCGCUAAAUGGAUAUGGAUAGAAUCAGGAUUAGAGUUAAGUUAUACCAACUGGCAAAGUGGCGAACCCGCUUUUUCUAACUCAACUACAUAUAGUACAUGUUUUAAAAAGAAUGCUUUAAGCGGUACAUAUUCCGGACAAUGGUAUGCUAAUACAUGCGAAACUACAUCAUACUAUUUUGUUUGUGAAGAUUAUUAAUAUAUUAUAAAUAUAUAACAAUAUUUUUUAUAACAUCGUCAUUCCA